AUGAAAAAGGAGGAGUUACAGGAUUCUGCUGAGAAGCUGUUGGAAUGGGCUGUCGUGGUCUGGAAAGGUUUUCUAAGUACUGGUGACCAAGCUGCAAAAGGCAAUUACGGAUUGCUUGACCAAAUCCAAGCUUUACGAUGGAUUGAAGAAAAUAUUGGAUCUUUUGGAGGAGAUCCAAAAAGAGUUACUAUUUUUGGUUCUGGAGCAGGAGCUUCCUGUGUUAGUCUACUGACCCUGUCUCACUAUUCAGAAGGCUUGUUCCAAAAGGCAAUCAUACAGAGUGGAACAGCCCUGUCCAGCUGGGCAGUGAACUACCAGCCUGCCAAGUACACUCGGAUAUUGGCAGACAAAGUGGGCUGCGACAUGCUGGAUACCACUGACUUAGUUGAAUGCCUUCGGAAUAAGAACUACAAAGAACUCAUUCAGCAGACCAUCACUCCAGCCACGUACCACAUUGCUUUUGGGCCUGUGAUAGAUGGGGAUGUGAUUCCAGAUGACCCUCAGAUUUUAAUGGAACAGGGGGAAUUUCUUAACUAUGACAUAAUGUUAGGUGUGAACCAAGGGGAAGGCUUAAAAUUUGUGGAUGGAAUUGUGGACAAUGAAGACGGUGUAUCCCCAAAUGACUUUGACUUUUCCGUCUCCAAUUUUGUGGACAAUUUGUAUGGUUAUCCAGAAGGAAAAGAUACGCUGCGAGAGACCAUUAAGUUCAUGUAUACUGACUGGGCAGAUAAAGAAAACCCUGAAACAAGAAGGAAGACCCUGGUAGCUCUCUUUACUGACCACCAGUGGGUUGCCCCAGCUGUUGCUACUGCUGACCUGCAUGCCCAGUAUGGCUCUCCAACAUAUUUCUAUGCAUUUUAUCAUCACUGUCAAAGUGAAAUGAAACCAAGCUGGGCUGAUUCAGCACAUGGUGAUGAAGUCCCUUACGUGUUUGGCAUUCCCAUGAUUGGUCCUACGGAAUUGUUUAACUGCAACUUCUCCAAGAAUGAUGUCAUGCUGAGUGCCGUAGUUAUGACAUACUGGACAAACUUUGCCAAGACUGGAGAUCCAAACCAGCCUGUUCCACAAGACACAAAGUUUAUUCAUACAAAACCCAACCGUUUUGAAGAAGUGGCCUGGUCCAAGUAUAACCCUAAAGAUCAACUGUACCUACAUAUUGGCCUGAAACCCAGAGUCCGGGAUCACUACCGAGCAACAAAAGUUGCCUUCUGGUUGGAACUUGUACCACACCUGCACAACCUCAAUGAAAUAUUUCAGUAUGUUUCCACAACAACAAAAGUUCCCCCUCCUGAUAUGACAUCAUUUCCUUAUGUAACCAGGCGGUCUCCUGGAAAGCUGUGGCCAGCCACCAAACGUCCAGCAAUGACACCAGCCAACAAUCCUAAACAUUCAAAAGACACUCAUAAAACUGCCCCAGAGGAUACAACUGUUCUCAUAGAAAACAAGCGAGAUUAUUCCACAGAGCUGAGUGUCACUAUUGCUGUGGGAGCAUCCUUGCUAUUCCUCAACAUUUUAGCUUUUGCUGCACUGUAUUACAAGAAAGACAAGAGGCGUCAUGAAACACACAGGCGCCCCAGCCCUCAAAGGAACACAACUAAUGAUAUAGCGCACAUACAAAAUGAAGAGAUUAUGUCAUUGCAGAUGAAACAGCUGGAGCAUGACCACGAGUGUGAAUCGCUGCAGGCACACGACACACUGAGACUCACCUGUCCACCUGACUACACCCUUACUUUGAGGAGGUCCCCAGAUGACAUUCCACUCAUGACACCCAACACCAUAACCAUGAUUCCUAAUACAUUAACAGGAAUGCAGCCUUUGCAUACUUUCAACACUUUCAGUGGAGGACAAAACAGUACUAAUUUGCCCCAUGGACAUUCUACUACUAGGGUAUAGCUCUGCCAUUCCUCUUUCACCCCACAAGCCAAUUGGAAGAAAAGAGAAAAAGAAGAGGGAAAAAAAU